CCAUAUCCGCAUAUUUGUCUGUGCAUGAACUUUGAAGAAAACGCAGAUAAUUCUAUUUAAAAUACUCUUACUGCAUAUGAUUAUUACCAACCCAAGCUGUCGUUUUGCAUUGCAAGAAAUUGCGUAGAUGCUUCUUCAAUGAGCUACUGCCUCUCUCUCUCUCUCUCUCUCUAUCUCUUUUCUAGCUACUUUUAUAAAUUUGAGAACAAAAUAGGAAAAGGGUUUUCUUUGGAUUUGAAGUUGAGUUUGUGGGAUUAUGAGAAUUUGUAGUGUGAAAACUGGUUGCAGUCUUGGAAUCAGCUUUUAAAGAGAAAGGCAAAGUAGGGAUGUCGUUGUUUCUUUAUUGUUAGUUAAAGACAGUUACUGUACAGAGAAUAACUGAAGGAGAAAGAAGCUGAUCACUAAAAGAUCCAAGCUAGCGGCAAGGAAAUGGCAACUUUGGUGGAGCCUCCUAAUGGAAUUAGGCAGCAAGGGAAACAUUACUACACAAUGUGGCAAACUUUGUUUGAGAUUGAUACAAAGUAUGUUCCCAUCAAGCCAAUAGGUAGAGGAGCUUAUGGUGUAGUUUGCUCUUCCAUCAAUAGGGAAACCAAUGAGAAAGUUGCGAUCAAGAAAAUUAAUAAUGUGUUUGAGAACAAGAUUGAUGCUUUAAGGACUCUUAGAGAGUUGAAACUUCUUAGGCAUAUUCGGCAUGAGAAUGUUAUUGCUUUGAAGGAUGUUAUGAUGCCUAUUCAUCGGACGAGUUUCAAGGAUGUCUACAUGGUUUAUGAACUCAUGGAUACAGAUUUGCAUCAGAUUAUCAAAUCCUCACAACCGCUUUCUAAUGAUCACUGCAAAUAUUUCUUAUUUCAGUUGCUAAGGGGGCUAAAUUAUCUUCACUCAGCAAACAUUCUCCAUCGUGACUUGAAGCCAGGAAAUCUUCUUGUCAAUGCUAACUGUGACUUAAAGAUAUGUGAUUUUGGGUUGGCAAGAACCAGCAGAGGCAAUGAACAAUUCAUGACUGAAUAUGUUGUAACCCGCUGGUAUCGUGCGCCUGAGCUCCUCCUCUGCUGUGACAAUUAUGGUACAUCCAUUGAUAUCUGGUCUGUGGGAUGCAUCUUUGCUGAAAUUCUUGGCCGCAAACCCAUCUUCCCUGGAACAGAGUGCCUUAAUCAGCUUAAGCUGAUCAUCAAUGUUCUUGGCAGUCAACAAGAUGCCGAUAUUGAGUUCAUCGAUAACCCCAAAGCUAGGAGAUACAUCAAAACUCUUCCUUACUCUAGGGGAACUCAUUUUUCCCACUUAUACCCACAGGCUGAUCCUUUAGCUAUAGACUUGCUGCAAAGGAUGUUGGUGUUCGAUCCAUCUAAGAGAAUUACUGUUACAGAAGCACUUCUUCAUCCUUAUAUGAAAGGGCUGUACGACCCAAGAUGCAACCCACCUGCACAGUUCCCAAUCAAUAUUGACAUAGAUGAGAACCUGGGGGAACAUAUGAUCAGGGAAAUGAUGUGGAAUGAGAUGCUUCAUUACCAUCCCAACUUGAUGUCGAUCGAUGCAUAGGCUCGCUCAUUCAACCAUAAUUUAGCAUGCGGUCGAAGGAUUCAUCAAUUGGCGCCUUUUCCAGGAAAACGUUUUCCAUUCUCGUAAAAUUUUUGUUGAAAGAUCCUAGAAAGCGCCAUUUCAAAAAUCCUUGAUUCCUUAAACCAUGGCUACCUGGAAGAACCCAGACAAUAAAUACCCAACAUGUAAGAUUGCCCUCCACCACCGUCGAUGCUCUCUUAAUAUCCAAAUAUCUAUUACUCACCCAUUGCCCAACUCCACUACCUUAUCAGGAUUAACAGCCACCUUCACCAAUAAUCAAAUGCCAAGAAGUAGGAACUAUACCAUGGUAUUAACUGCCAAUACCAUUGCCAUUUAAUACUUUGCUACCUUCAUAUCAAGAAGCACUAAUAUAAGAGUUAGAUGUAAGUUUCAACCAAAUCCAAACUAAACUUAGUUUCCCAUUGGAUAAUUAAUAAUUUUAUUAUUUAAUAAUUUUUUAAUUCACUGAGUAUAUUAAUUA